AUGGGCUGGUCGUGCCGCAAAAACAUGUUCCCCUUUGGCCCUUCGCUUCUGCGGCUCACUCAGGGGCAAGUACGGCAGUCGGCAUACGACCUGGUCAUCCACCCGGCUUGUUUACAUUGUCUCCGCCCACAGCAGGCACCACGAAAAUUAUUACCCCAGGUUGCGAACCAGACCGGCGACUUUCUAGCCUCGUUUCUAGAGACCGUUGCGAUUGCGCUGGGCCAGUUUAGUGACAUCUCCAGAUCUGUGCCGGCGUUUCGGCGCCAAGUCAAGGACGGCCUCGACGACGGUCUCAAUUUCGACCUGACGAUCCUGGGUCACCAAUCCUUUCUGGAGGUUGCCUGUCCAGCGGGGAUUCUUCCUUGUUGUGGCCCUCAAGAGCACGCGAGGGCAGGGGACCUGCUCCUCUCGUCCUAUUGUCCCUCCCUCUCCAUUGUUGGCCACACAAUAGCAAUGUAUGUGGCCUAA